CUGUACUUCUGGUUUCUUGCAACAAUGCCCACAGUGCUCUCAGUCCCGAUUUCAGGGAAGAAUUGGAGCCGUAUGCUAGUCUCAAGGGGCAGCUCCUUCAGGCCCUCGCGGUGUAUAUGACUACUUGAGAUUGCACCGGCAUUGAACCAGGUCAUACGAAGGCUGUUCAUGGGCAAAUCUGCCGUACAAAUUCAGCCCUGCAUUGCGUGACGUAGAAGGCUGACAUCUUCGUCCUGCCUGCACAUCUUAUCGCUGGCGUUUGAUGCGCAUAGCAGGCGACUAUUCCCCAUUAUGUGGAACCCUACACCAGACGAAUUCUCAGACAUGACAUGGACUGAUCAGAGAAUGCCGCAAAGGAACGGCGUGUUGUGCCGACCUGUUGACUGAAUUCAUCUCGUCAUUACCAAUCGAAAAGUAGCGGUGACGGACACCGACAUGGAACCGGUCGACUUCGCGUCCUUUCUGAAGAGCCCAAUUGUGGCUCCGACUGAUGUAGACACUAGCAGCACGCCUCAAUUGUCAGCCACCAAGCUCACAUUUGGGCAGCCUGCAAAGGCCGCCACAAUGGUAUACCAGGUAGUCAACAAAAAUCAGCGAGCACAACAAGAGUUUGUGGUAGAAGCAGCUCGCAAUUCCGCACUACAGGCGAAACUCUACGCAGUAGUCCCGAUCUCGUGUAACCCCGAAGAGGAAGCGCAACUAGACAAAAUGGUACAUUUUGUGGUCGCCGAGGCGGCAGCCCAGUUAUGAAUCUUGUACUAGUUACUGAUCCGGUUGCACGAAAACUAAUUUACUUGAUGUCCAUUUAUCCCAAACUUGAGAAGUUCUUUAUAAGUCUCCAGCACGCUGCAGACGAGGUAGGCCUCUUCGUACGUGAGAUAUUCCGCGUUACACUUUAUGCCCCUUCCAUAUCUACAACUUGUGAAUUUAAUGGGCUCUCAGGCACCUUUGGCGCCUAUUGAAGGGGUUUGCCAACGACCAGUCACAGCCCGCCUCGACAAUCGUAUCAAUGAAUCCACAGGACAGCGUGACCCAGGCCUCAACGGUGGACUUACCCGACGAUGACAGCGUCACCAGGCGAAUAUUCAGCGCAUUCAGCGCCUGCGCAGUAGUGCUCAUGACUAAGAUCACAACGAUCAAGCACGUCUCGACCAGAGUGACAGAGGUCACACACAAAACGAUAGAGUCGCAAACCGCAAAAAAAAGGAACUUGCCUAAUAGCAAUGAUAUAGCACCUCUGUCAGUUGACUAAGCCUCUGCUUCUGCCACGUCUUUAACAUCGGCAUCGGCGGACAAGCCGGCUGUCAAGAAAGAGGAACAAACGACAUGCUAUAACUGGCUCGAUUCUGGACCGCAGAUGAUAAGGAAAGUGCAUUUAAGCACGACUGGUCGAUAGUGGAUGGAUGGAUGUACCCACUUUGGGAAUUGAUACACAAAGUGCUUAGGAAUAUUUUACUAAAGUAUGUAUUAUUAACACUUAUGGUACUGCGAAUGAAAAUACUAUUUACCACAAAAGUUGUUCUUCUUUUGGGCUGAUUCUUACAUCUUGCAGACUAGCUUCACGGGACAGCCAUUACUUCCCCACCCUACGCCGAGACCAGCAGGGCGCACAAAAUAACGAU